AUGGUGGUGGUGGCGGUGGGAGGGGGCGGCGGCGGCGGCUGGGGGACGUGGGAGGAGCUGGUGCUGGGCGGCGCAGUGAUCCGGCAUGGGGGCGCCGCGUGGGCCACCGUGGCCGACGAGCUCCGGACCCGCUCCCCGUGCACCUUCUCGCCCGAGGAAUGUGAAGCAAAAUUUGCAGAGAUACAGUUGCGGUACUCUGCAUGCAAUGCUUGGUUUGAAGAGCUUCGUAAGCAGAGAGUUGCUGAACUCAAAAGGGAUUUGGAGAAGUCGGAAAAUUCUAUUGGAUCUCUCCAAUCUGUUAUUCAAAGCCUCAGCAAUAGCAAACAUGUUGAUGGGAGUUCUGAAUGCCGCACCAGUCAUACUGAAUCAUGUCCGCGCUCCGAAAAUACAGCAGAUACUAAUUCCUCAGGUAAAGAAACGUCCAGGGAUAGAUCAUCAGCUGCUAGUUUCACAGAGGAAGCAAGCAACAGUCAGAAAUCUCAGAAAGUGCAGCAGUGUGAUACUGAUUCAAUUCAAGCUAUCAAUCCAUCACCAGAUGAGUCAUAUCCCCAGGCCCAAGUUGAAAAGGUCAGUCCCAAAGAUGGCUUGCUUUGGGGUUCUAGAAAACAAAGAGGAAGGAGAGCUAGAAGGACACUUCUGAAAGGUGGUGAUAGUAGUGGGGAUGGUGAACCUACAUCUACAGCAUGCAUACAGAGGGAGGGUUCGUCUGAAGGCUGCAUGAAGAACUUGAAAACUCCAAAUGUAGAAUCAGUUGUUCUGAAGAAGGGUGUGAAAACUCCAAAGGUAGAAUCUGGUGUGAUGAAUAAGGAUUUGAAAACUCCAAAUGUAGGAUCUGGUAUAAUGAAGAAGGGCUUGAAAACUCCCAAAGUAGAAUCUGGUAUGAUGAAGAAGGGCGUGAGAACUCCUAAAGCAGAAUCUGAUGUUAUGAAGAAGGGGUUGAAAAUUUCCAAAGUAGAACCUGAUGUUAUAAAGAACUUGAAAACUCCCAAAGCAGGAUCUGAUGUUAUGAAGAAGGGCUUGAGAUCUCCAAAGGCAGAAUGUGGCCAGCCUGUGAUUGAGAGAGUUAAACUGAAGCUGGCAGAAAUUUUGAAUACUAUAUCGACUCAAGAUGACUGCAAAAUGUUGCAACGCCAACUUGAUACUCAGAGGAAAAGAGCUAGAUAUAAGAAGAUGAUUCGCCGGCAUAUGGACUUCCGAAUACUUCACUCUAAGGUCAAGAGUGGCGCAAUCUCUUGCACCAAGGAGCUUCUGAGAGAUAUGCUCAUUUUCAUCAAUAAUGUAAUAGCCUUCUACCCGAAGGCUACAUUGGAGCACAUGGCUGCGGUUGAGCUUCGUGACUUUGCAUGCAAAACAGUGAAGCAGAGUGCAAGCUUGUUCUUGAAAAGCCAUGGAGAGACCAGAACAGCUGGUGCCCCUGUAGUAAAGAAGAAUGCUCGAGCCCUGCAGCCUGGACGCCCUGGCCCUGGUGAUGCAAGGGCAAUCAAGGUUUCUUCAAGGGACGCUACUGCCAAGGAAGGAGAUGGCAAGAGACCUUGCAGUGAUGUGCUGGCUGAUCAAAAGACUAUACAGAGAAAUGAGCAAGCCAAUAAGAGAGGUGUGGGUCGGCCUCCAAAGAGUGGGCAGAGGAUUGCUGAGGCGCAGGAAGAUAGCCCCAUCAAAGGCCGGAAAAGGGGCGCUGGGGCACUGGUAGAUAGCCCCAGCAAAGGCAGGAAGAGGAGUGCGGCAGCACAGGAGGAUAGCCCCAGCAAAGGGGGCAAGAAGAGCCGGCGGUGA